AUGUUAGGGGCUGACGCUGUGGCUGUGCUGUGGGGUGAUCGAGUUCUUGGUGCGGCAGCAGACAUCAUCCCUGUGGCGGUUGUCAUAUCUACACUGGGAGCGGCCAGUAACGGUUUCUUCGGCAAUACCAGGUUGAUCUUUACUGCUGCACGGGACAAAAACAUUCCUGAUGUACUCAGUUAUAUCCAGGUGGAUUUCCUCACCCCUAUCUGCGCCAUGGGUCUACUGCUUGGCCUGGCGCUACUCUUCCUAGUCCCAGCAGAAGUGGGCACGCUCAUCAACUACAUUGGCUUCCUCAACGCUUUCUUCAACGGCCUGGUCUACAUCUGCUUCCUCGUCUUUCGGUUUGGAAGCAUGCGCGAUGCACACAGACCUAUUAAGAUUCCUCUGGUCGUGCCAAUCUUCAUGGUAAUCCUGAACAUCUACAUGUUCGUCGCUCCGCUCGCCAUCAGCCCUGAGGUCCAGUAUGCCUAUGUAGCUGCCGGCGUUUUUCUGGGUUCAGCUGUCAUUUACGUGCCUUUUAUCUUCUUCAGAGUCUCUGUGCCGUUUUACGAUCGAAUCGUGCCGGUGAUCCAGUUGUGUCUUCGGGUAUCUCCACCAGCCAAGUAUGAGGACUAA